GGCAAUUUCCAAUAUGGACGACCAGGUUAGUGCACGGGUGAUAAAGAAACUAAACUUUUCAACUUUAUUUUGCUUCUUUUUUUUGCAUAACGAUAUAUUUUAUCUGUAUUAUCUAAAUCUGCAGAAACUUGGGCAGUUAGAGGUACUUUGCAAGCAACUUUAUGAAAGUACUGACGCUGCAGUUCGAGGUCAAGCUGAAAAAGCACUGAUCAGCUUUACAGAGUCUCCUGAUUGCUUACAGAAAUGCCAGUACGUCUUAGAGCGGGGCACUGUAAGUCUUUAUAUAUUGAAAAGUGUAUUUCUUGUUUUAUUGCCGUUUGAUAUGCUAUAACAGUGCAUAUUGAUUGCUCCUUAAUUGUUAUUUUAUCAGCCGUUUUACAGACAAGUACCAUGCGUUCAUUCUGUUUACAUUAUAUAGUAUAUAUUCUAUUGUACUGUCACUGUGAUUUUCAAAUGAUAUCUUUCUAAAAAUUAGUCAAAAAGUAGUCUUAAAAUUAUAUUCAAACGUUAUUCUACUAUAAUAUAUUAAUAGUAUAGUGUGUUGCAAAGACUUUUGAGCAGUAGAUGUGGAUCAUGUGGUAAGGGGUGGGGGCAAAUAUUUUGCAGGAAGUUGACAAGACAAAACAAACACUUUUACUCCUUGUCCACUACCCAAUUGCAGGGCAUUUAAUAUGUCUGGUGUACUCAGAAAAGUCAGUCUCCAUACCGAUACACCCUUCCGGAAAGUAUGUCACUUUGGCUAUAGAACCGUUUUUGUGUACAUGCACAACAGUUGAAGCUGAGCAUAAAUUGUCAUCAUGAAAACAAGGUUCUAUAGCCAAGAUGACGUAGUUUCUGGAAGCGUGUAUUAGUUAGCAAUCCUGAUUUUGUGCUCCCAUCCCUUCUUCUUGGAACAAGUUGUGAAUCAGGAUGAAAACUAUGUGUUGACUUGGGCCCCAUGUGCUCUGAUCUUUGUGAUUAUAUGUGUGCAACUCAAAAACAAUUAAUGUGCUAGUGAAAGUGAAAACACAUUGUUUGUCCUAUUAGUUAUGGGUUAUUCUUGUGGAUGCUAACUAUAUUUGGAGAGCCCCUAAUGUGGUACACAUUUAAGGUGUUCAUUAAAGUUAUGAAUUUUUCUCCUAUGAAAAACUUUAUAAAAGUUUCACAUUCUAUUGAGUAAAUUGCACAAAAUUUUAUUUUUAUUAAACUCUCCUUUUAUUGAAUUAUUUAGUCUUCGUAUUCACAACUUCUCGCUGCUUCAUCCAUAAGUAAACUGAUAUCAAGAAAUUCUGGUGUGUUGACAGUUCAACAAAAAGUUGAUAUUCGUAAGUGUAUGCCUACCUUCUUCUGUGUCAUAUUGCAAGGAAAUAUAAGAAAUAUUGCUUUUAAAAUGAAACCACUUGCCACCAGUAUUUUUAUUAUUGACGUUUUGGUGUUAAUAAGUUUUUUUAUUAUUAGGAAAUUAUGUUUUGAAUUACUUGGGUUCAAGGCCAAAACUUCUUCCAUUUGUAAGACAAGCUCUCAUACAGGUAUAAAAAUAUAUUCAAUCAUUAGAGGUGGCUGGUUUCACUUAGCAGGAGGUCAACCAGCUGUUUGCGGAGCGAGAGAAUAAUGUUAAUUCUUUUCAUUAUGACGAAAGAUGUGGUAUUUUCUGGUGAAUAAAUAAAAGUGAGGUUCACAUGUUAUCCAAUAAUAUAUACUGUAUAUGAUGUUUGUAAUGUUACUGUGAGUGUGCAUUCACACCGGGCAAGCUGAAACGUUUGCCUGACCAUGGUGGGAAUCGAACCUGUGACCUUUGGGAUAUAUUAUGAGGCAUAUAAUUAUCCUCAUUCAUAAUUAAUGAUGUAGGUUCAGGGUGACCAUGCCAAACUGUACCAAUAAUGUAUAAUCAGAGCCACGCGCGUACCAAGAGAGGGGGCACUUUGGCCCAGGCCCCCAGCUCAAUCCAAAGUGAUGAAGGCAUUUAAAGUUUCUUGAUAGCUGCAUCGGUGCUGGAUAAGAUGCAAUAUAAUAAAGCACAAUGUAUUGUAAAACACCGCUUCUCCUGUUUGAUGUUGUGUGGGCUCCAGGGAAAGUUUUAUGACAUCAUAAGGGUCCCCUGGGAAAUUUUUGCUCUGGUCCCUCUCACCAGUCAUGUGUAUAAUACCUACAGUUAUUGUGAUAUAUGGAUAUAUUCUUUACUAUAUAUAGUUGUUGGCCAGAAUAACAAAACUAAGCUGGUUUGAUAGUCAAAAAGAGGAGUUUGUAUUUCGUAAGAUAACAGAUGAAAUAAAGGAAUUUCUUAAGGUCAGUACUAUCGAAUAUUGUCUCCUCUUAUUUUUAUCAAAUAUUAACCCAUUGAGUGGCAGCACUCUCCACUUGAAGAGUAAAAUCGUCUGGCAUUAGACAGAGUAAAAUACUAAAGUAGGGCGCAUCGGGUGCAUUGCCACUUAAAGGGUUAAGUUUCAAGGUGGAACUUAGUUUGUUUUCUAGAUAGCCUAUUUAUUACAUAACAUAACCAGUGGUGGAAAUUCACUUUUUCCGGUGGGGGGGCGGGCAAAGCCUCCUAAAUUCCCGACAAAACUUUCAAAUUUCCGAUUGCCCUCGAAAAGACUGUUUUUAGUCAAAAUUUCCGAAAAUUCAUCAGUUUUCUGUGAAGGUGGGGUGGCACCACUGAACAUAACACCUCAAAACACUUACAAGUGUUGAAUGUUGCAGCUUAUGUUUUUUCUAAUAUAUAGGGCUCAGUAGAAUACUGGAUUAUUGGUGUCCAGAUCUUGUCUACUACAGUGUGUGAAAUGAAUCAGGUAUAAUACAAUAGUUAGAAUCCUGGUAUGCAUGUGAUUCAAGCUUGUUUGUGUAUAACCUGUUAUAUUUCAUUUCAUUUAGGCCAGUUCUUGUCGUUCUUUGACUAAGCAUAGAAAAGUGAGUACAAUUAUAACAUUGCAGGUGCAUUCUUCCUCAGUCAAAUGAGAACAAAAGUUGCAUGAGAGUUGAUAAGAGUUGACUGGAUUUUAUUGCACACAUAGCGAAAAUUUGAAAAUGAGAUAUUAUUACAGUCAAACCGGAUGUUCUCUUGCGAGCAACAUUGCAAUAUUGUCCCACAAUAUUGCAAUUUUGAUGAGCAUAUUCCUCUGAGCAAUUUGCAACCUACGCGAACAAAUUGCAAGUUGAAAUUCACAAACGAUUUGUAAACAAAGCCUCUGAUUGGACUAUAAGAAAGAGGGAAGCCAAUCAAAUAGUCUGAGCGACUGGAUUGGUGCUUCCCUCUUUCUUAUAGUCCAAUCAGAGCCUUUGUUUUCAAAUCGUUUGUGAAUUUCAACUUGCAAUUUGUUUGUGUCGGUUGCAAAUUGCUCAGAGCAAUCUGCUUAUCAAAAUUGCAAUAUUGUCCCACAAUAUUGUUCCGGUUUGACUGUAAUAGCAUUAAAGUUUCCCCAAUUUUUUUUAUCAAACUUGGAAUUGUUUGGAUGUUAGAUGAUAAAAGUUUGUGAGUGUUUAUAAUAUAACUUUUCAAACAAAUCAGUAUUUUAGAAGAAUUCACCUCUAAAUUCAGCUAAUUUAUGGGUGCAUGCUUAUAUUACCACUUUUCAAAUUAUUUGAGAUUUGUUUUUCAAACCAUGGUCUGUCUACAUUUAUUAAUCCUUGUAUAGAUUGCGUCUUCAUUUCGUGAUGUGGCAUUAUAUGACAUAUUUAUACUCUCCUGUUCACUGUUGAAAGAGGCGUUUGAGAAACAUAUCAAUCUACAAGAACAAAAUCAGGUACAGUAUGGUAACAUGGCUAGAACCUGUGACGGCCGCUAGUCUAGGGCGGGGCGACCCUCUUCACUCAAUCAUUUCUUAAAACUCUUAACAAUAGCUGAUUAACCAAGUAACUAAGUUGUGACAAUGCUCUUUUUAAAGCUUGAUGGCUUAUUGGAGCAAUUUAUUUUAAAAAAUAAAUUAGGAUUAAUAAGAGGCAACAUCCAAAACUAUGUAACCUAAACGGAAACGAUAAGCAAAGAAAACAACCACUUUACUCUCCAGGCAAUAUCUGCCAAGUGUCAAUGCCAAAUUGCCAAUAUAAUCCCAUUUUGCUAAGCUGACAUUCUUCAGGUAUCAGCAAAAGCUAGCCAAAUUUUAUCUCAGUUCACUCUGGUCGAUGUUGUUACUCCAGCUUUUCCGGGGGCCCUUACCCCCAAGAAACCGCACUCUCCGUCACCCAAUUUGCCCACAAAGGAUUUGCAUGAUUUAUUAAACUGUAUUUAAUUAAGCAAAUUAAUCAAGAAUGAAAUGUAGCGAUAAAAGGGUCGGAAUAUGUUAGCAACCUGAUUCCAAUCAGUUCCAUUCCAGUAUUUCAAUAUUUUGAUUCAAUUCCAAUAUUUCGGGAAUAUAUUAGUUCACAGAAUAUAAGUAUGAUCUGUUGAAAAACGUUAAUUUGGCAAUUUGCAUUUAUGCUCACUAUUUUAUGUUUUUUUAGCAUGUAUUAAUGAGUGAAUUACUUCAACUCACAUGCAAUUGUCUGACAUUUGAUUUCAUCGGCACAGCUUCUGAUGAGUCUGGAGACGAACUAGGAGCUGUACAAAUACCCACGACAUGGCGAGAAAGUGAG